AUUUACUAUUAUCAAUGUGCAGUAUGCGAGAUAAUUCUUUGAACCCUUGUAGGAAGAAUUCUAAACUAUCCUAUAAUCAAACACUCGGGUUGGAAUCAAACAGAUCUCCAGGGUCGAGUUUGGUCAGUCUCAGAAAAAUUCCCAGGAAAAUCUCAGAGCAGACAUUAUGAACAAAAGCUGCUCCCCAGAGUCUUAAUAUGUUAAAAUAAUUAUUCAGGCAAGUUUGAAAGGAAUUUGCCAAAAAGCGAUCUUUUUGUAGCAAGAAAUUCUGAGCUAGCCCAGAACACUGACACUAAUGAGACUCUUAAUAAGCAUUAUUUUAACAAUAAGUACAUUGACGAGCGCCAAACGAAGAUGCAGCACAAAAUUUGGGCAAAUUAUAUGGAUACUCGAGGAAAAUCUAGAAGGAAAUCAGUGUUCCAAGCCUCGGGCGAUCGUAAGAGCAAAGAUCCUUCUCUUAGCUUGUUCCAGAUACAGAGACAUAGGAGCCAUAACAGACUCCAAGAGACACUGAAUAAGAGUCCAAAGGAUUUUACUCUCAAACUCCAUUCAAAAGAUGGCCAUGGUGCUAACUCCAGCUUCUCAGGUCUAAAAGGAGCCGAAAAGGGGUCUUCGACUCUGAACAACACUCCAGGCAAAUAAAUUAAAGACAAAGGGGUAUAUCUUUUUGAGAAAAGCUAAAAGAAAUCAUCAAAAAGACUCAUAUAAAACAAGUGAUGUUCCUGUGGAAUUCUCUACUAGUUCACCAAAUCCUAAUGAAAACACCAAAUUAACCCAAAAUAAUAGUAAACUUAUUGCGAAAAUUAUCAAUCGAGAGCGGAACCAUUCCUUAUCUUAUGGCUCGCAAGCCCAGUUGCACUCAAAAUUGAUAAUUUUGAGCAAAAACCCGCGUAAGAAUGUAUUGAAGAAAGUAAUGGACUCUAAUAAGAAACAGAGUUGUCUGAAUGAGACUCAUAUAAAUGCAAGCCUAAGUCAGGAGUCUUCCCAGAAAUCUCCACCAGAGAGAGUCCUGCAGCCAAGUAAAUUCAGUACAAGUAAAAAUUUGGUCCGAGGAAGCAUGUUCAAGAAGCACCAACCAGGGCCACGAAAUUCUUCGAAGGAAAUGGUUCCUUUGAAGAUAAUUAAUCAGGAUCAAAGCCAAGUGAGGUCAACUCUCAAAGCUUUGAUCCAGGGUUCUAAACUUUCAAAAGAAGGUCCUUCUGAAACGAAGAUAAAUCAUAGCGGACAAAGAAAUGAAAUGGCUAGGCAAUCUGGUGAGGAGGGUUCUAAAGUAGGACUUUACGAAGAGAUUAAGAAUAAUAUUAAGAUACCCGAUAAGAUUAAAGAAGACCAGAACCAACGAGCUGAAGCAUCAGAGAGUCAGGACUUUACUCCAAAGCUCGCCUUAGAGAUGCAUGAUACUUGGAACCCAGAGCCUAGCAGUAAAGAUGACUCUUGAGGUGGCAUACUGAAAGAUAUAAAAGGACUACAACUAAAAUACAAACUUCGCGAGGGCUGGCAUGAUAACAACACCAAUCAGAAAAAGCCAUUUGACAGUGAUAUCUCUGUAAUCCUUCCUUUAUAAGGAUAAGAGACGAAGAACUUCCAGGGGGUAAUAUUCAGAAAGUUCUAUUAUAAAGUUUGCAUAAUAACAUCCUUAAUCUUUCC